UCUCUCCGACUGCGGCUCGUUCUUCCCCCUCCAAGAUGGAGGCCUUAGGGGGCUACCCUGCCAAGUCCUCCAACCCAAAAGCAAAAAGGUUAACGCUACUGUUGAGCAUGACAGUCGGUGUGGGCUGUUUAUUCCUCCUGCAGACGCAACUGGUGAAGCUGAGAAAACCAAAGGAUUUUUAUUCUUUCGAGGUCAAAGACGCGAAAGGGAGGACGGUUUCCCUGGAGAAGUACCGAGGAAAAGCGUCUUUGGUUGUAAACGUGGCGAGUCACAGCGAGCAGACGGAGGCGAACUACAUGUUUCUGCAGGAGCUCCACCGCGAGCUGGGCACUUCUCACUUCAACGUCCUGGCCUUCCCGUGCGGUCAGUUCGGGGACACAGAGACCGGGACCAGCCGGGACAUCGAGGCUUUCGCCAAGUCCACCUACGGGGUCACCUUCCACUUCUUCAGCAGGAUCAAAAUAAUGGGCUCAGAGGCUGACCCAGCCUUCAAAUUCCUCACAGAUUCUGUGCAGAAAAUGCCAAAGUGGAACUUCUGGAAGUUUCUGGUUAAUCCUGAGGGGAAAGUGGUCCGGUACUGGCGAAUGGACGAGCCCAUGGAGAGCAUUCGAGAAGAGGCCACGGCGUUGGUGCGAGAAAUCAUCCUGAAGAAGCGGGUGGAGCUUUGAUGGAGCUUAUCAAGAGACAAUGGACACACCUCUGUGCGUUAUGUUGGUGUUUCCUGUGCUUUGAUAGCAAAGGAAGGACUGAGCGGUGUGUGUGGUCACCAUGUGUGUGGUUGGGCGAUGUCUCGCUCCAGAAACCUGCAGGGUGAAAAGAUCCACUAGCUUUAGGCGAUGGAAGUCUUUGUGUUUGUGUAUGUGGGGACCAUCCUGUGAUUAAUAAUGACAGUCAUGAUGAACAGUCCUUAUAAUGACCACUUCUGUAGCAGAAGGAUUGUUUAGCCAUUGAAAUGUUGGAUUUGUGUCUGUGCUUUGAACUAUCCGUUUCUAAUGUUUACAUUAAAUCUAUUUCAUAAGGUGAUCAUUUUGGCCCAUUCUGGACUGAUUUGAGCUCAGCAAAUUGUGAAACAUCCAUCUGACAAUAAAACAAUUUCAUAUUUA